UUUCACAGGAGAUUACGUAACUGUUUAUUGACGCCUUUUCUGCUAAAUGAUUGGUCGGGUGUGAUAAGUACUUCCUGUAAACAUAGACUCUGGUUGGUUCUCCGCUGUGUGACGCAGCCGGAUGCCGCAGCUGUUUUCCGGCCUGCCUGGUCACCGGGUCCGCUCUCGGUAAAAUGGCAGAGGUCGGUCAGAGGCUGGGGAGCGGAGUUUACCGGCUGUCCGCUCUCAGAAACAGCCAGAGUCGACCGGUCUGCACCGGAGAAAGUCCCGGAUCUCUGCUGGUAACUUGCACCGUCAAUGACAGUCGGAUAAAAGCGGAAACAGCUCUGGAUCAACGUCAAGUUCAUCCAGAGUCAAAAAGCAGAGCAACACGACGCAAAUCAGAGAAACUUUCCAGGGUGAGAAAAGGUAGACAGGUAAAUGGGACUUCCGCCUCUUUGGACCCGGAUUCAUCCCGUUUUAUUGGAUUUGUUCAAACCAGAGAGAGCUUGCAAGACUAUAAAACAGCCCUGUACCUCUCAUCAACAAGACUGCAGUCUCUCCUGCCUGUCAGGAUGACACCCUGGACCAGAGGAGCUGUCUCCAUCCACCCUGACACCUUCAGGUCCCCUCAGCAGCUCCAAGCUUUCUGCACGGUGAUCUUCAUCCUGGCAGAGCAGGGAUCAGAGCGGCCCAGCUGUGGAUUGAGGCGUCUCAAACUACAUCCUGAUACUCCGCACUCAUCAACAACAACGAGAGGCUACAGCUGGAGGGGUGACAGCAGCACAAGAGAUGCUCUUCUGCUGUACAGAAGUAGGACAGCCUAUUAUGACAUUCUCAAAGUGACCCCCAGCGCCACACAGUCCCAGAUCAAGACAGCCUACUACAAGCAGUCCUUCAUCUACCACCCUGAUAAGAACCCGGGGAGCAAAGAGGCCACGCAGCGCUUCUCUGAGAUCAGCGAAGCCUACACAGUGCUGGGCAACAUCAGCCUGAGGAGGAAGUACGACCGGGGCAUCCUGAGUCAGUCAGACAUCCAAAGUGCGGGGAGGCCGUCCUCCAAAGAGGCCCCAAGCAAGUCCACAGGACCCACGCAGCAGCAGCAGCAGCAGCAUCAACAUCAACAGAGGGCCAGAAGAUUUUCCCAAGCUGGGGGGAAGCCCAUGUUUGAUUUUGACGCCUUUUAUCAGGCUCACUAUGGGGAGCAGCUGCAGAGAGAGAAGGACAUGAGAGCCAGGAAGCAGCGCAUGCAGGAGAAACAGAAGGACAAUUAUAGCAAGUGGAGAGAAGGUAAAAUAAUGGAGAUGACUGUGGCGAUGCUGCUGGCCACCGCAGGGCUGAUUUUUGUCAAUCUCAGCAGGCCCUGAAAUAGAAGCAGCAGCAACCGGACGUGUCCCUUUCUGGGGUUGCACGUUAGGACUCUCAGGGUGGAGGAGAUGGAUGGGGGGAGGGGUGGUGGGGGUGCUACCUCAGACUGUUUUGCAAGUGUUGCACAGUUUCUGGCAGUUGAAGGUGAUGAUUAUUUUAGUGUGUUGCAAGCAGAAACCUAAAGCCUGCUCACUGGGUCUCAAGCCAUAGGUAGGCUUGUCUUUCAUUAAAUUAAUCCACACAUGAUGAUUGUUUUAAGUGAGCAACUGAACAUAAUUUUGUUAAUUUCUUCAUGUAUACACUCACGUACACUUACCUAGAAAUGGAUGCUGGAUCAAAAACAGUCAUUUAAAGUAGAGACUGGAAAUCUGGGAUUAUUUAUUGCUGCAAAGUUUCAAGCACAUAGCUCUUCCAAGGAUCUCCAAAGCGCCUGAUGUAAGAGUGGUAAGAAGUGUUUCACAAUUCAUGGCUUUAACAUUUUCAGCUGAAUCAAUUAAUCGAUGAGUCGAUUGACAGAAAAUUAAUAGGCAACUAUUUUGGUCAUCCUUCAUAGUAAAAAUGCCGAACAUUAAUCGGUUCCAGCUUCCCAGUUGGGAGGAUUUGCUGCUUUUCUUUGUCUCAUGUGAUAGCACACUGAAUAUUUUGGGGUUUUAGAUUGUUUGUUGGACAACAGAUGCUAUCUGAAGUCAUCACCUUGGGCCUUAGAGAACUGUGACAGGUAUUUUUCACCAUUUUUUGAGAUUUUAUAGACCAAACAAUUAACCGAGCAGUCUAAAAAAUAAUCAGCAGUUUAAUU